AUGGCGACGCCCUUCUAUCAACUCGUCCCGAACCGUUCUGUCUGUCAUCAGAUGUACCUGAUCAACCACGUCCUCCAAUACGAAGGCUUCGCGGAGUCGGCCCAUCUCACCAAUUGCACUCGUAACGAGCUGACGGCCGCCUAUCGCAUCCUGCCAAAGCGCUCGCCUAACGUGGCUGGGAUGACCGUCGAGAUUCCCUUCACUUACGGCCACAUGUUCGAGAUCGGCCUGGUAGGGCCGUGCCUCAUGAGUGGCAAUACGCUCGCCGUGCAUGGCUUACGCGUGUCUGCUUGUAACGUGAACGGCAGAUUCAUUCACUUCGAGCCUGCGUACGAGAAGCUCUUGCUCCUCCCGUCUUCUCAAACCGUCACACAAGUUCUCGAGCCUCGGCCUCAGUUCCCUGUCCUCUCGGAUGCCAUAGUCCACCACUUGCAGAACUUUGCUCAGGGUAUCCUUGGCCAGUUCAGGGGUAGCGAUCGCGUGCAUGACAUCUUUCACGUCAACAUUGUACCCUCGUACCCUCAUGCAAUUCCUGUCAUGUCGCCACAGCAGACUCUGCUGAACUAUGUCGAGGUCACCCAUGCGCGUCUUCGACCUGCCGUCGAGAGUAUCAUCCAGCAGCGUAUGGGAGAAGACGACUUAAUGGAGGUCGGGAUUGAAGACGCGAUGGAUAGUGAUUUCGAUUUGUUCAACGAGACGCUAGUGAAUCAGUUCCCGGAGCAGUUUGGGGACGCAUCCAUGGAAGAUAUGGUCACGGCGUAUAUAGCCUAUCGUUAUAGACCCACGAGCUCGCUCCCGUUCGUCGGCCACGACGAUGUCACGAAGUCAUCUGUCGCAGAUGCGGACUCGACGGGCAGCGACGGCUAUGCCACGGACGCGAGCUCGACGAACAGCGAGACCUCCAUCUUCGCGGAGGAUGGAUCAGGAAAGGAAGACCGUUUUGCUGCCGAAGACGAUGGAGCGAUGGACGACGACAUCUACGAGAACGACAGCUAG